GGAACGUCUACGACGGAUGUGGAUAACACGAAAGACUCUUACGCUUUUGCAGCAGACAAUAAGAAGAACGAUGUCGUCAAAGACACUUGUAGCAUUUGACUUUGAUCACACCUUGAUUGAUGACAACAGUGAUAUCUACGUUCAGAAAUUGGCUCCCAAUGGAAUCCCAGCAGAAAUCAAAUCUCAGUACAGUGAUAAAGGCUGGACUAACUAUAUGGGGGCCAUCUUCAAAUAUCUGCAUGAAAAUGGCACAAAAAAGUCUGAGAUCCUGGAAUGUAUGAAGGAGAUCCACUUCACCAAAGGAAUGCCUGAGUUACUGCGACACCUGGCUGAAAACAAUUGUGAGUCGGUCAUUAUCUCCGAUUCAAAUUCAGUGUUUAUUCAGUGUAUUCUUGAGCACAGUAAUUUACAGGACACAGUGGCUGCUGUGUUCACGAAUCCAGCAAAAUUUGAUGAUGAAGGCUGUUUGACAAUUAAGUUCUUUCACACUCAGGACUGGUGUGAUCUCAGUACGAUAAAUCUGUGUAAAGGGAGAAUUCUGGAGGAUUACAUUGAUGGCAGAGAGAAGGACGGUGUUAGCUUUGAUCGUGUCUAUUAUGUUGGGGAUGGCUCAAAUGACUUGUGUCCGUGUCUUACGUUAAGGAAAACAGAUUUUGCUUGCCCUAGAGUCAAUUUCACAUUAUGGAAAAAAUUGCAGAAAUCACUCUCUGAUGACAAUGGACAAGCAUCAGAAAACUUAGGAAUUAAGGCCAGAAUUGUGCCAUGGAAUGAUGGCUGGAACUUGUUGGAGGCAAUAAAAGCAAAUUCCCACUGUGAACAGAAGUUGGAAUUGGUCAAGUGAUUUUAGGCAUAUUUACAUAUGAUAGUAUUGUAUGUGUGAAAUGAUCAUGAUCGCCUGUUUUAAAAAUU